GUCACAUCCUGUCAACUUCCAGGAUUCAGAAGAAUUUUGUUACAGUUUAGCAUAUAGCAGUACCUUCACGCUUCUGUCAAGCUAGAUCGCUUUUAAAGUAUUAUUAUUAUUCCAUGUAUUUAUUUUUGCGUUUGUCAAAGGCGAAGACAUGAAUUAGCAUUCAGAAGUUCGCCUGCAAUUGGGGGGUGUUGAAGGUCAGUUUGAUCGGAUUGUUGUUGUUUGUAAAAACGACAUGAAUAGGACCUGGUUAAGCAGGGCCGUUGGGCUCAGUAUGUGUGCUUCGGUGAAGUAUAGUGCCAGGGGGCCUGCGCUAAUCCCACGGAUGAAGACCAAACACCGGAUCUACUAUAUAGCACUGUUCUCUGUGGUACUGCUGGGCCUCAUCGCCACUGGCAUGUUCCAGUUCUGGCCGCACUCCAUCGAGUCGACAGCGGACUGGAGCGUGGAGCGCCGCAGCGUGCAGGACUCUCCGCUGGUGCACCUGCCUGCCUCCAGCCCCAUCCCAGAGCGUGGGGACCUCAGCUGCCGCAUGCACACUUGCUUCGACGUGUAUCGCUGCGGCUACAACCCCAAGAACAGGAUCAAGGUAUAUAUCUACCCCCUGCACCGCUAUGUGGAUGAGCUGGGUGCUCCCAUCAGCAGCACUGGGCUCUCUCGGGAGUACAACGAGCUGCUGAGCGCCAUUUCCGACAGCGAGUUCUACACUGACGAUGUGAGCCGAGCCUGCCUCUUCAUCCCCUCCAUCGAUGUCCUGAACCAGAACUCACUACGCAUCCGCGAGACCGCCCAGGCACUGGCACAGCUGCACAGAUGGGACAGGGGGAUGAACCACUUGCUAUUUAAUAUGUUACCUGGAGGGCCCCCAGACUAUAACACUGCACUGGAUGUUCCCAGAGACAGAGCUCUGCUGGCUGGGGGAGGGUUCUCAACAUGGACCUAUCGGCAGGGCUAUGAUGUCAGCAUCCCUGUCUACAGCCCUCUAUCUGCCGAGGUGGAGCUACCAAAGAAGCAGCCUGGACCGCGGCCGUACUUGGUACUGUCCAGUCAGACUGCGGUUCACAUGGAGUACCGUGCCGAACUGGAGGCUCUGAAGGCUGAGAACGGGGAGGCUAUUCUGAUCUUGGACAAGUGCACCAACCUGUCUGAGGGGGUCUCCCCCACCAGGAAACGCUGCCACAGGGGUCAGGUCUACGACUAUCCCCAGACACUGCAGGAGUCUACCUUUUGCGUGGUUCUGCGCGGGGCUCGUCUCGGCCAGGCUGUGCUCAGUGAUGUGCUGCAGGCAGGCUGUAUCCCUGUUAUAAUCGCAGACUCGUACAUCUUGCCCUUCUCCGAAGUACUCGACUGGAAAAGGGCGUCCAUGGUGAUUCCUGAAGACAAGCUGUCUGAGAUGUACAGCAUUCUGAAGAGCAUCCCGCAGAGACAGGUGGAGGAGAUGCAGAGACAGGCACACUGGUUCUGGGAGGCCUACUUCAGCUCCAUGAAGGCGAUUGCCUUGGCAACGCUUCAGAUCAUUAAUGACCGCAUCUACCCCUAUGCUGCCCGGUCCUACGAGCAGUGGAACGACCCCUCUGUUGUGAAGUGGUCGAGUGUGAACAGCCCCUUGUUCCUACCCCUGAUCCCUCCUCGUUCCCCGGGCUUCACCGCUGUGGUGCUCACCUAUGACCGUGUCGAGAGUCUAUUCCGGGUCAUCACUGAGAUCUCCAAGGUACCCAGCCUGUCCAAGCUGCUGGUGGUGUGGAACAACCAGAAUAAGAGCCCCCCUGAGGAGUCUGUAUGGCCGAAGAUCGCAGUGCCCCUCAAAGUGGUGCGGACAACGGAGAACAAGCUGAGUAAUCGCUUCUUCCCCUAUGAUGAGAUUGAGACGGAGGCUGUGUUGGCCAUCGAUGACGACAUCAUAAUGCUGACCUCUGAUGAGCUGCAGUUUGGCUAUGAGGUGUGGCGGGAGUUUCCUGACAGACUGGUAGGGUAUCCGGGUCGGCUCCACCUCUGGGACCACGAGAUGAGCAAGUGGAAGUACGAGUCAGAAUGGACCAAUGAGGUCUCCAUGGUGCUGACUGGAGCAGCUUUUUACCACAAGUACUUUAACUACCUGUACACAUACAAGAUGCCUGGUGAUAUCAAGAACUGGGUGGAUGCCCACAUGAACUGCGAAGACAUUGCUAUGAACUUCCUCGUGGCCAACGUCACUGGCAAAGCACCUAUUAAGGUGACCCCUCGUAAGAAGUUCAAGUGCCCGGAGUGUACAGCUAUUGAUGGGCUGUCGCUGGAUCAGACUCACAUGGUAGAGAGGUCUGAAUGCAUCAACAAGUUUGCCUCUGUGUUCGGGAUGAUGCCUCUGAAAGUGGUGGAACAUCGUGCUGACCCUGUCCUGUACAAGGAUGACUUCCCAGAAAAACUCAAGAGCUUCCCUAACAUCGGCAGCCUCUAACAACACAGGAGAGCGAGCUUUUUCCGUACUGAGCACUGCGAAGCUCAACACACAAUCAUGUCAGAACCCCGAACCCAACUCAGACUUCCUGAAGGCGCUACAAAGGCAGCCUGUUGCUUUUUUUGUUUUUCAUUCAUGGAAAGGGAGGGUGUAAACCAUGCCCUCUUUUCAAAAACUAAGUCCCUAAUGUACUGAUGUAAUGAUAAACUGACCAAGACCAUUGUGUGCCCUCCAACUAGACAAGCUGCCAAGAAUUUAGAGGUGAAUUGGCUUACGAGCACUGGUGCUUAAAAUAAAAAAAAAAAAAAAAAAAAAAAAGUUUGAUUGUAAUAUUUCUGUCUUAUGAUGGGACUACAGUUCCACUUGUCCAAGCAAGGUGAUUAUGAGCUGGAGAACCCUGACAGAAAGAAUAAGCCAUAGCAUGGGGUGAUAACUGCAGAUGAGUAUUGACAUGCUGGCUAUCAAUAGUGGCCAGAUAGCAGCAGCUCUGACCUUUAAUGGGCUGGAUAUCAGCUUUUGUCAUACAGCACCCUAUCCAAUAGUGUAUAUUGUUCUUGCAUUUUUAUAUUUAUCAUAACCUUAUCAAAAUUCUCAUUAACACCUCCUAGCAAUUAACCUUUUUACUUCUGUAUUGUAAUCUGCUUAAUAUCUGCCCUUGAGCUGUAUGAUAAACACUAGGAAAAGUUUCUAACUUCUAUUUUAGCACCUGUCUCUCCCCUGUAGACGUCAUGCAUGUCAGGUUGUUGUUGCAUUUGGAAAAAGAGACACAGACAUAAAUUGUAGCUCUGUUCUAAACAGCAGCUGUAUUGUUUUAGCAUUAUGAGCUUGAAGAGAUGGGCCAUGCAUGUUGGUAAAGACUAGUUACAAAAUGGUCGGCAUAAUAAGCGCAUUGCGGAGGGUGACAAAGUUUACAGAAGAUUGCAGGCUGUGUUUGGUACUAAGUUUAUCCUGUGUGUGUUCCGAAGAGAAUUUCUUAUUCAUAUAUUGAAGGCCAACUCAUGAAAAUCAUCUAGCUGGCCAAGCGGAUUUCUCAGCUGUUGCAAUGCGCAAAGCGAAUCAGAACACUAGUUAGAUAGGCCAGUGAUGGGAUAAGGUAUUUAUAAAAGAUAGGAAAAUAAAUGAGCCAAUAUUCAAGGGGCAUUAAAAUGAGUGUAUAAAAUCCAAAAAGAUUGGAUGCUUUUUUGGGUGCUGUUUUCCAGUAUUUAGUCCCUGAAUGGGGAUAAUGUGAGUAACAGAGUUUUGGAAGAACUGUGAUAUUUGGACUAUAUUAUGUUUGCUGUUAUCUUUUUAUCAAGCAUAUACCAGGUGUGUCUGAGUAGCAAGUGAUGUGUCUUUUUGAAAACAGCAAGUGGAGCAUUUGGCUUUCCUGAAGAGGAUUCUAAUGAGAUGGGAAAACCAAACCAAAAACCAACCUACUUUUACAUUAGUAAAUGUCUACAUACAUAUUCAUGCUUGAGGUGGAAAAGAGAUCUGGAGAUACUGAUGGGUUGACAUUUCAAAUAUUCAGUCUGGUUUUUGUCCGUCAGGUUUUUGUAAGUCAACACCUUCUAUACAAUACAGUUAAUUUUCUUUUCUUUUAAUAUUUCAGUGCCUGUUGGAGUCUUCCAUGUUAAGUGUAACAGUAUGUUGUACUUACAGCCCAUUGUUUUCAAAUUGAAGGUGUAUAGACAGUGUAUUUUUAAUGUAUAGAAAAGGUGUUGGUAUUGUUCUAUAUUUGUUUUGGGUUUUUUAUUACAGUUUCCGACCAUGCAAAUAUUAAAUGAUGGUAGUCCAAGCUAA